AGACAGAGUGGGUGAGGGAGAGAGACAGAGUGGGUGAGGGAGAUUUUGUUUCUUUCUGGAAAACACUAAACAAACAAGACGAAGAGCUAUCUAUCCAAAACAGAGAUGUGGAUAACCAGAAGUUAAAGAAUGGGAUGAAGCCAGUGGUCCAGAUGGAACUAUCCAACCAGAAGUUAAAGAAUGGGAUGAAGCCAGUGGUCCAGGUGGAACUAUCCAACCAGAAGAUAAAGAAUGGGAUGAAGUCAGUGGUCCAGAUGGAACUAUCCAACCAGAAGUUAAAGAAUGGGAUGAAGCCAGUGGUCCAGAUGGAACUAUCCAACCAGAAGAUAAAGAAUGGGAUGAAGUCAGUGGUUCAGAUGGAACUAUCCAACCAGAAGUUAAAGAAUGGGAUGAAGCCAGUGGUUCAGAUGGAACUAUCCAACCAGAAGUUAAAGAAUGGGAUGAAGCCAGUGUCUCAGAUGGAACUAUCCAACCAGAAGUUAAAGAAUGGGAUGAAGCCAGUGUCUCAGAUGGAACUAUCCAACCAGAAGAUAAAGAAUGAGAUGAAGCCAGUGGUUCAGAUGGAACUAUCCAACCAGAAGUUAAAGAAUGGGAUGAAGCCAGUGGUUCAGAUGGAACUAUCCAACCAGAAGAUAAAGAAUGGGAUGAAGCCAGUGGUUCAGAUGGAACUAUCCAACCAGAAGUUAAAGAAUGGGAUGAAGCCAGUGGUUCAGAUGGAACUAUCCAACCAGAAGUUAAAGAAUGGGAUGAAGCCAGUGGUUCAGAUGGAACUAUCCAACCAGAAGUUAAAGAAUGGGAUGAAGCCAGUGGUUCAGAUGGAACUAUCCAACCAGAAGAUAAAGAAUGGGAUGAAGCCAGUGGUUCAGAUGGAACUAUCCAACCAGAAGUUAAAGAAUGGGAUGAAGCCAGUGGUUCAGAUGGAACUAUCCAACCAGAAGAUAAAGAAUGGGAUGAAGCCAGUGGUUCAGAUGGAACUAUCCAACCAGAAGUUAAAGAAUGGGAUGAAGCCAGUGGUUCAGAUGGAACUAUCCAACCAGAAGAUAAAGAAUGGGAUGAAGCCAGUGUCUCAGAUGGAACUAUCCAACCAGAAGUUAAAGAAUGGGAUGAAGCCAGUGGUUCAGAUGGAACUAUCCAACCAGAAGAUAAAGAAUGGGAUGAAGCCAGUGUCUCAGAUGGAACUAUCCAACCAGAAGUUAAAGAAUGGGAUGAAGCCAGUGGUUCAGAUGGAACUAUCCAACCAGAAGUUAAAGAAUGGGAUGAAGCCAGUGGUUCAGAUGGAACUAUCCAACCAGAAGAUAAAGAAUGGGAUGAAGCCAGUGGUUCAGAUGGAACUAUCCAACCAGAAGUUAAAGAAUGGGAUGAAGCCAGUGGUUCAGAUGGAACUAUCCAACCAGAAGAUAAAGAAUGGGAUGAAGCCAGUGUCUCAGAUGGAACUAUCCAACCAGAAGUUAAAGAAUGGGAUGAAGCCAGUGGUUCAGAUGGAACUAUCCAACCAGAAGUUAAAGAAUGGGAUGAAGCCAGUGGUUCAGAUGGAACUAUCCAACCAGAAGUUAAAGAAUGGGAUGAAGCCAGUGUCUCAGAUGGAACUAUCCAACCAGAAGUUAAAGAAUGGGAUGAAGCCAGUGGUUCAGAUGGAACUAUCCAACCAGAAGUUAAAGAAUGGGAUGAAGCCAGUGUCUCAGAUGGAACUAUCCAACCAGAAGUUAAAGAAUGGGAUGAAGCCAGUGGUUCAGAUGGAACUAUCCAACCAGAAGAUAAAGAAUGGGAUGAAGCCAGUGGUUCAGAUGGAACUAUCCAACCAGAAGAUAAAGAAUGGGAUGAAGCCAGUGUCUCAGAUGGAACUAUCCAACCAGAAGUUAAAGAAUGGGAUGAAGCCAGUGGUUCAGAUGGAACUAUCCAACCAGAAGAUAAAGAAUGAGAUGAAGCCAGUGGUUCAGAUGGAACUAUCCAACCAGAAGUUAAAGAAUGGGAUGAAGCCAGUGGUUCAGAUGGAACUAUCCAACCAGAAGAUAAAGAAUGGGAUGAAGCCAGUGGUUCAGAUGGAACUAUCCAACCAGAAGUUAAAGAAUGGGAUGAAGCCAGUGUCUCAGAUGGAACUAUCCAACCAGAAGUUAAAGAAUGGGAUGAAGUCAGUGGUUCAGAUGGAACUAUCCAACCAGAAGUUAAAGAAUGGGAUGAAGUCAGUGGUUCAGAUGCAACUAUCCAACCAGAAGAUAAAGAAUGGGAUGAAGCCAGUGGUUCAGAUGGAACUAUCCAACCAGAAGAUAAAGAAUGGGAUGAAGCCAGUGGUUCAGAUGGAACUAUCCAACCAGAAGAUAAAGAAUGGGAUGAAGCCAGUGGUUCAGAUGGAACUAUCCAACCAGAAGAUAAAGAAUGGGAUGAAGCCAGUGGUUCAGAUGGAACUAUCCAAUCAGAAGAUAAAGAAUGGGAUGAAGCCAGUGGUUCAGAUGGAACUAUUCAACCAGAAGUUAAAGAAUGGGAUGAAGCCAGUGGUUCAGAUGGAACUAUCCAACCAGAAGAUAAAGAAUGGGAUGAAGCCAGUGGUUCAGAUGGAACUAUCCAACCAGAAGAUAAAGAAUGGGAUGAAGCCAGUGGUUCAGAUGGAACUAUCCAACCAGAAGUUAAAGAAUGGGAUGAAGCCAGUGGUUCAGAUGGAACUAUCCAACCAGAAGUUAAAGAAUGGGAUGAAGCCAGUGUCUCAGAUGGAACUAUCCAACCAGAAGUUAAAGAAUGGGAUGAAGCCAGUGGUUCAGAUGGAACUAUCCAACCAGAAGUUAAAGAAUGGGAUGAAGCCAGUGUCUCAGAUGGAACUAUCCAACCAGAAGUUAAAGAAUGGGAUGAAGCCAGUGGUUCAGAUGGAACUAUCCAACCAGAAGUUAAAGAAUGGGAUGAAGCCAGUGUCUCAGAUGGAACUAUCCAACCAGAAGUUAAAGAAUGGGAUGAAGCCAGUGGUUCAGAUGGAACUAUCCAACCAGAAGAUAAAGAAUGGGAUGAAGCCAGUGGUUCAGAUGGAACUAUCCAACCAGAAGAUAAAGAAUGGGAUGAAGCCAGUGUCUCAGAUGGAACUAUCCAACCAGAAGUUAAAGAAUGGGAUGAAGCCAGUGGUUCAGAUGGAACUAUCCAACCAGAAGAUAAAGAAUGAGAUGAAGCCAGUGGUUCAGAUGGAACUAUCCAACCAGAAGUUAAAGAAUGGGAUGAAGCCAGUGGUUCAGAUGGAACUAUCCAACCAGAAGAUAAAGAAUGGGAUGAAGCCAGUGGUUCAGAUGGAACUAUCCAACCAGAAGUUAAAGAAUGGGAUGAAGCCAGUGUCUCAGAUGGAACUAUCCAACCAGAAGUUAAAGAAUGGGAUGAAGUCAGUGGUUCAGAUGGAACUAUCCAACCAGAAGUUAAAGAAUGGGAUGAAGUCAGUGGUUCAGAUGCAACUAUCCAACCAGAAGAUAAAGAAUGGGAUGAAGCCAGUGGUUCAGAUGGAACUAUCCAACCAGAAGAUAAAGAAUGGGAUGAAGCCAGUGGUUCAGAUGGAACUAUCCAACCAGAAGAUAAAGAAUGGGAUGAAGCCAGUGGUUCAGAUGGAACUAUCCAACCAGAAGAUAAAGAAUGGGAUGAAGCCAGUGGUUCAGAUGGAACUAUCCAAUCAGAAGAUAAAGAAUGGGAUGAAGCCAGUGGUUCAGAUGGAACUAUUCAACCAGAAGUUAAAGAAUGGGAUGAAGCCAGUGGUUCAGAUGGAACUAUCCAACCAGAAGAUAAAGAAUGGGAUGAAGCCAGUGGUUCAGAUGGAACUAUCCAACCAGAAGAUAAAGAAUGGGAUGAAGCCAGUGGUUCAGAUGGAACUAUCCAACCAGAAGAUAAAGAAUGGGAUGAAGCCAGUGGUUCAGAUGGAACUAUCCAAUCAGAAGAUAAAGAAUGGGAUGAAGCCAGUGGUUCAGAUGGAACUAUCCAACCAGAAGUUAAAGAAUGGGAUGAAGCCAGUGGUUCAGAUGGAACUAUCCAAUCAGAAGAUAAAGAAUGGGAUGAAGCCAGUGGUUCAGAUGGAACUAUCCAACCAGAAGUUAAAAAAUGGGAUGAAGCCAGUGGUUCAGAUGGAACUAUCCAACCAGAAGUUAAAGAAUGAGAUGAAGCCAGUGGUUCAGAUGGAACUAUCCAACCAGAAGAUAAAGAAUGGGAUGAAGCCAGUGGUUCAGAUGGAACUAUCCAACCAGAAGAUAAAGAAUGGGAUGAAGCCAGUGGUUCAGAUGGAACUAUCCAACCAGAAGUUAAAGAAUGGGAUGAAGCCAGUGGUUCAGAUGGAACUAUCCAACCAGAAGAUAAAGAAUGGGAUGAAGCCAGUGGUUCAGAUGGAACUAUCCAAUCAGAAGAUAAAGAAUGGGAUGAAGCCAGUGGUUCAGAUGGAACUAUCCAACCAGAAGAUAAAGAAUGGGAUGAAGCCAGUGGUUCAGAUGGAACUAUCCAACCAGAAGAUAAAGAAUGGGAUGAAGCCAGUGGUUCAGAUGGAACUAUCCAACCAGAAGUUAAAGAAUGGGAUGAAGCCAGUGGUUCAGAUGGAACUAUCCAACCAGAAGAUAAAGAAUGGGAUGAAGCCAGUGGUUCAGAUGGAACUAUCCAACCAGAAGAUAAAGAAUGGGAUGAAGCCAGUGUCUCAGAUGGAACUAUCCAACCAGAAGUUAAAGAAUGGGAUGAAGUCAGUGGUUCAGAUGGAACUAUCCAACCAGAAGUUAAAGAAUGGGAUGAAGUCAGUGGUUCAGAUGCAACUAUCCAACCAGAAGAUAAAGAAUGGGAUGAAGCCAGUGGUUCAGAUGGAACUAUCCAACCAGAAGAUAAAGAAUGGGAUGAAGCCAGUGGUUCAGAUGGAACUAUCCAACCAGAAGAUAAAGAAUGGGAUGAAGCCAGUGGUUCAGAUGGAACUAUCCAAUCAGAAGAUAAAGAAUGGGAUGAAGCCAGUGGUUCAGAUGGAACUAUUCAACCAGAAGUUAAAGAAUGGGAUGAAGCCAGUGGUUCAGAUGGAACUAUCCAACCAGAAGAUAAAGAAUGGGAUGAAGCCAGUGGUUCAGAUGGAACUAUCCAACCAGAAGAUAAAGAAUGGGAUGAAGCCAGUGGUUCAGAUGGAACUAUCCAACCAGAAGUUAAAGAAUGGGAUGAAGCCAGUGGUUCAGAUGGAACUAUCCAACCAGAAGUUAAAGAAUGGGAUGAAGCCAGUGUCUCAGAUGGAACUAUCCAACCAGAAGUUAAAGAAUGGGAUGAAGCCAGUGGUUCAGAUGGAACUAUCCAACCAGAAGUUAAAGAAUGGGAUGAAGCCAGUGUCUCAGAUGGAACUAUCCAACCAGAAGUUAAAGAAUGGGAUGAAGCCAGUGGUUCAGAUGGAACUAUCCAACCAGAAGUUAAAGAAUGGGAUGAAGCCAGUGUCUCAGAUGGAACUAUCCAACCAGAAGUUAAAGAAUGGGAUGAAGCCAGUGGUUCAGAUGGAACUAUCCAACCAGAAGAUAAAGAAUGGGAUGAAGCCAGUGGUUCAGAUGGAACUAUCCAACCAGAAGAUAAAGAAUGGGAUGAAGCCAGUGUCUCAGAUGGAACUAUCCAACCAGAAGUUAAAGAAUGGGAUGAAGCCAGUGGUUCAGAUGGAACUAUCCAACCAGAAGAUAAAGAAUGAGAUGAAGCCAGUGGUUCAGAUGGAACUAUCCAACCAGAAGUUAAAGAAUGGGAUGAAGCCAGUGGUUCAGAUGGAACUAUCCAACCAGAAGAUAAAGAAUGGGAUGAAGCCAGUGGUUCAGAUGGAACUAUCCAACCAGAAGUUAAAGAAUGGGAUGAAGCCAGUGUCUCAGAUGGAACUAUCCAACCAGAAGUUAAAGAAUGGGAUGAAGUCAGUGGUUCAGAUGGAACUAUCCAACCAGAAGUUAAAGAAUGGGAUGAAGUCAGUGGUUCAGAUGCAACUAUCCAACCAGAAGAUAAAGAAUGGGAUGAAGCCAGUGGUUCAGAUGGAACUAUCCAACCAGAAGAUAAAGAAUGGGAUGAAGCCAGUGGUUCAGAUGGAACUAUCCAACCAGAAGAUAAAGAAUGGGAUGAAGCCAGUGGUUCAGAUGGAACUAUCCAACCAGAAGAUAAAGAAUGGGAUGAAGCCAGUGGUUCAGAUGGAACUAUCCAAUCAGAAGAUAAAGAAUGGGAUGAAGCCAGUGGUUCAGAUGGAACUAUUCAACCAGAAGUUAAAGAAUGGGAUGAAGCCAGUGGUUCAGAUGGAACUAUCCAACCAGAAGAUAAAGAAUGGGAUGAAGCCAGUGGUUCAGAUGGAACUAUCCAACCAGAAGAUAAAGAAUGGGAUGAAGCCAGUGGUUCAGAUGGAACUAUCCAACCAGAAGAUAAAGAAUGGGAUGAAGCCAGUGGUUCAGAUGGAACUAUCCAAUCAGAAGAUAAAGAAUGGGAUGAAGCCAGUGGUUCAGAUGGAACUAUCCAACCAGAAGUUAAAGAAUGGGAUGAAGCCAGUGGUUCAGAUGGAACUAUCCAAUCAGAAGAUAAAGAAUGGGAUGAAGCCAGUGGUUCAGAUGGAACUAUCCAACCAGAAGUUAAAAAUGGGAUGAAGCCAGUGGU